GCGGCCGGAGCCGGGGCACCCUCGCCCUGCGCUCACCGGAGCCCUGCGCUGCGGCGCGGGUUCCACCUCCGCGCCUUUUCCGCGGAGCAACACCAGGGAGAGAGAACCGGCGCCCGAGUUCUGGACACAGCGCUUGGCGCGAGGUGCGGGAUGGAGAGCAAGGCGCUACUGGCCCUCGCUCUGUGGCUCUGCGUGGAGACCCGGGCUGCCUCUGUGGGUUUGCCUAGUCUUUCUCUUGAUCCACCCAGGCUCAGCAUACAAAAAGACAUCCAUACAAUUAUGGCCAAUACAACGCUUCAGAUUACUUGCAGGGGAGAAAGGGACUUGGACUGGCUCUGGCCCAACAAUCAGAGCGGCUCUGAGAAAAGAGUGGAGGUGACCGAGUGCAGUGAGGGCAUCUUCUGUAAGAUGCUCACAAUUCCAAAAGUGGUCGGAAAUGAUACUGGAGCCUACAAAUGCUUCUACCGGGACACUGACAUGGCUUCUGUCGUCUACGUGUACGUUCAAGAUUACAGAUCUCCAUUUAUUGCUUCUGUUAGCGACCAACAUGGAGUUGUGUAUAUCACUGAGAACAAAAACAAAACUGUGGUGAUUCCUUGUCUGGGGACCAUUUCAAACCUCAAUGUGUCACUUUGUGCAAGGUAUCCAGAAAAGAGGUUUGUUCCUGAUGGUAACAGAAUUUCCUGGGACAGCAAGAAAGGCUUCACUGUUCCUAGCUACAUGAUCAGUUAUGCUGGCAUGGUGUUCUGUGAAGCAAAAAUUAAUGAUGAAAGUUACCAGUCUAUUAUGUACAUAGUUGUGGUUGUAGGGUACAGGAUUUAUGAUGUGGUUCUGAGCCCCCCUCAUGGAGUUGAGCUGUCUGUUGGAGAAAAGCUUGUCUUAAAUUGUACAGCAAGAACUGAGCUGAAUGUGGGAAUUGACUUCAACUGGGAAUACCCUUCUUUGAAGCAUCAGCACAAGAAACUUGUAAACCGGGACCUAAAAACCCAGUCUGGGAGUGAGAUGAAGAAGUUUUUGAGCACCUUGACAAUUGAUGGUGUAACCCGGAGUGACCAGGGGUGGUACACCUGUGCAGCUUCCAGUGGCCUCAUGACCAAGAAGAACAGCACAUUCAUCACGGUCCACGGUGAGCUGAGAUUUCGUUUGGAAUUACCCUGUACCUUGAAAAUUACCAAUCCCAUUUCAAAGGAGAAACAGAGCCAUGUGGUAUCUCUGGUUGUGAAUGUCCCACCCCAGAUUGGUGAGAAGUCUCUGAUCUCUCCUGUGGACUCUUACCAGUACGGCACCUCCCAAACACUGACGUGCACGGUCUAUGCCGUUCCUCCCCCAAGUCACAUCCGGUGGUACUGGCAGCUGGAGACAGAGUGCACCUACAAGCCCACCCAAGCUGCCUUAAUGACAAACCCAUAUAGCUGUAAAGAAUGGAGAAACGUGGAGGAUGUCCAGGGCGGAAAUAAAAUUGAAGUCAACAAAAAUCAAUUUGCCUUAAUUGAAGGAAAGAACAAAACUGUGAGCACCCUUGUUAUCCAGGCAGCCAAUGUGUCCGCUUUGUACAAAUGUGAAGCGGUGAACAAAGCUGGGAGAGGAGAGAGGGUUAUCUCCUUCCACGUGACCAAGGGUCCUGAAAUCACCUUGCAACCCAGCACCCAGCCAACUGAGCAGGAGAGCGUGUCUCUGCAGUGCUCAGCGGACAGAACUAUGUUUGAGAACCUCACGUGGUACAAGCUUGGCCCCCCGGCUCUACCAGUCCGCACAGGAGAGUUGCCCACACCUAUCUGCAAGAACUUGGAUGUUCUUUGGAAAAUGAAUGCCACCAUGUUCUCUAAUAGCACCAAUGACAUUUUGAUCGUGGAGCUCCAGAAUGCAUCCUUGCAAGAUCAGGGAGACUACGUCUGCUUUGCUCAGGACAGGAAGACCAAGAAAAGACAUUGUGUCGCCAGGCAGCUCACAGUCCUAGAGCGCAUGGCACCCACAAUCACAGGAAACCUGGAGAAUCAGACAACAAGUAUUGGUGAGACCAUUGAAGUGUCCUGCACAGCGUCUGGGAAUCCCCCUCCACAGAUUACGUGGUUUAAAGAUAAUGAGACACUUGUGGAAGACUCAGGCAUCGUGCUCAAAGGUGGGAACCGGAACCUGACUAUCCGCCGGGUGAGGAAGGAGGAUGAAGGCCUCUACACCUGCCAGGCGUGCAGUGUUCUUGGGUGUGCGAAAGUGGAGGCAUUUUUCAUAGUGGAAGGUGCCCAGGAAAAGACAAACUUGGAAGUCAUUAUUCUAGUGGGCACUGCAGUGCUUGCCAUGUUCUUCUGGCUACUUCUUGUCAUCAUUCUACGGACCGUUAAGCGGGCCAAUGGAGGCGAACUGAAGACGGGCUACUUGUCCAUCGUCAUGGAUCCAGAUGAACUCCCGUUGGACGAACACUGUGAACGCCUCCCUUAUGAUGCCAGCAAAUGGGAAUUCCCCAGAGACCGGCUGAAACUAGGUAAGCCUCUUGGCCGUGGUGCCUUUGGCCAAGUGAUUGAAGCAGAUGCCUUUGGAAUUGACAAGACAGCAACUUGCAAGACAGUGGCUGUCAAAAUGUUGAAAGAAGGAGCAACACACAGCGAACAUCGAGCCCUCAUGUCGGAACUCAAGAUCCUCAUUCACAUUGGCCACCACCUCAAUGUGGUCAACCUUCUCGGCGCCUGUACUAAGCCAGGGGGGCCACUCAUGGUGAUUGUGGAAUUCUGCAAGUUUGGAAACCUGUCAACUUACUUAAGGAGCAAGAGAAAUGAAUUUGUUCCCUACAAGAGUAAAGGGGCACGGUUCCGGCAAGGGAAAGAGUACGUUGGGGAAAUCACCAUGGACCCUAAACGCCGCCUGGACAGCAUCACCAGUAGCCAGAGCUCAGCCAGCUCCGGAUUUGUUGAGGAGAAGUCCCUCAGUGAUGUGGAGGAAGAAGAAGUAUCUGAAGAUCUGUACAAGAACUUCCUGACCUUGGAGCAUCUCAUCUGUUACAGCUUCCAGGUGGCUAAGGGCAUGGAGUUUUUGGCAUCACGGAAGUGUAUCCACAGGGACCUGGCGGCACGAAACAUCCUCUUGUCGGAGAAGAACGUAGUUAAAAUCUGUGACUUUGGCUUGGCCCGGGACAUUUAUAAAGACCCAGAUUAUGUCAGGAAAGGCGAUGCUCGCCUCCCUUUGAAAUGGAUGGCCCCGGAAACAAUUUUUGACAGAGUGUACACAAUUCAAAGUGACGUGUGGUCUUUUGGUGUCCUGCUCUGGGAAAUAUUCUCCUUAGGUGCUUCUCCAUAUCCUGGAGUAAAGAUUGAUGAGGAAUUUUGUAGGCGAUUGAAAGAAGGAACUCGGAUGAGAGCCCCUGAUUACACCACACCAGAAAUGUACCAGACCAUGCUUGACUGCUGGCAUGGGGAGCCCAACCAGAGACCCACGUUUUCAGAGCUGGUGGAACAUUUGGGGAAUCUGUUACAAGCUAACGCUCAGCAGGAUGGCAAAGACUACAUUGUUCUUCCCAUCUCCGAGACUUUGAGCAUGGAAGAGGACUCGGGCCUCUCUCUGCCUACCUCACCUGUUUCCUGUAUGGAGGAAGAGGAAGUAUGUGACCCCAAAUUCCAUUAUGACAACACAGCAGGAAUCAGUCAGUAUCUGCAGAGCAGUAAGCGAAAGAGCCGGCCUGUGAGUGUAAAAACAUUUGAAGAUAUCCCGUUGGAAGAACCAGAAGUAAAAGUAAUCCCAGAUGACAACCAGACGGACAGUGGAAUGGUUCUUGCAUCCGAAGAGCUGAAAACCCUGGAAGACAGAACCAAAUUAGCCCCAUCUUUUAGUGGACUGAUGCCCAGCAAGAGCAAGGAGUCUGUGGCAUCUGAAGGCUCAAACCAGACAAGCGACUAUCAGUCUGGGUAUCACUCCGAUGACACAGACACGACCGUGUACUCCAGCGAGGAGGCAGAACUUUUAAAGCUGGUGGAGAUGGGACCGCAAGCUGGCAGUGCAGCUCAGAUUCUCCAGCCUGAGUCUGGGACCACACUGAGCGCUCCUCCUGUUUAAAAGGAGGCACUUACAUCCCCCCUUCCUGGAAAUCACAUGAGAGGUGCUGCUCAGAUUUUCAAGUGUUGUUCUUUCCACCACCAGGAAGUAGCCACAUUUGAUUUUCAUUUCAAGAAAGAAAAAAAAAGAAAAAAAAAAAGACCUUGCUGAACUGCAGGGAGCCAGUCUCCUAGGCAUUUCCUGAGAAGAUGCUUGUGACCCAAGAAUGUGUUUGUGUCUUCUCCCCUAUUGUUGACCUUAUUCUUUUUUUUUUCAUUCAUUUAAAAAGCAUGUAUCAUGCCCCCUACUGUGGGUCUCCCCGUGAGUUACAGCAAAAGAUGUUCAAGACAUGGCGUCAUCGUCCAAGAAGUAGCAGUACCUGGGGAGUCGACACCUGGACGAUAAAUCAGGCAAUGGAAGUGCUUUAGGUGUUGAAGAUGGGAAAGACUUUUAGGGCUGAGUCCAUGUAAGAAGCUUUGUUUAGGAUGUGGGUCCCGAGCCACGUGUUACAUGGCGGGUUUGGACGGAUGGAAAGGAAGAUGCUGGCUGGCUUAGAGAGCGCCGCGUGCCUGGUGCUGGCUCUGGUGGGGUGGGCGUGGGGUCUGUUAGGAACCGUCAAGGCUUCAGACAGGCGACUGGUUUUAGAAGAUUGCGUGCUCUUCCCACUGGGGCCAAAUCAGAGUUCCCUGCGCUGUUUCCAAAAACUCCUAAUGAGAGUUCCUUCCGGACUCUUACGUGUCUCCUGGCCAAGCCCCAGGAAGGAAGUGAUGCAGCCCUGGUUCCUUGUCUCCCAGGCUGAUCCUUGAUUCAGAACUGCACAAAGAGAGGACAUGCAGAUGGAAGCUCCCUGGCGCGGCGAAGGUUUCUGGCUGUAUAAACCAGCUCCGGCUUCUGGACGGAUACGCACUUAUCUGUCCUGAUGUGACACGUCUGAGCCUGAAUGCAGUAGGUCUGUGUCAAGCUGUGGUGUCAAAGCUUUGGGAAGGAUUUGACUCUCUUGUUCCUUCUCCCCUCUCCACUCCCUUCAGUAUUUUACUGAACCAGUCAGUAUUUUAGAACUUUGGCCUCUACACCCUAGUAAAAGCCAAUUUGGUUUUGUUCACCCUCCGAGUAAUUAUUAGCCAGAUUUCACAGUUAUUGUGUAGCCAAAGUUAUAAACAUCUUGUAUUAUUUAGACUUUUAACAUGUAAAGCUGUUUCUACUGGUUUCUGCCCUUGUUCUUUCCUUUUUAAAAAAGAAAACGUAUUUUUCGUUUGGUACCAUAGUGUGAGAUGCUGGGAACCAUGACUAUAAAACAUGCUAUGGCACAUAUAUUUAUAGUCUGUUUAUGUAGAAACAAAUGUAAUAUAUUAAAACCUUAUAUUAUAAUGAACUUUGUACUAUUCACAUUUUGUAUCAGUAUUAUGUAGCAUAACAAAGGUCAUAAUGCUUUUAGCAGUUGUUGCCAUUUUAUUAAAAAAAAAAAGUGAAAAAUGAA